GAUGGAUGUCUCCACAGGGACCGUGAGGAUGUCCCAGAUGUGGAUGCUGAAAUGGGUCGUUCUACUGGUGGGGCUGCAGUCCGUACAAGCAGACUUUAUGAGCGAUUAUGGAGGAAUGGCAGAUCCGGACUUUAUGUGGCCAACAACAACAGCAGCAUUCCCCACGACAAGUGUGCUGGUCACUACCGUUGAAAUGAAUCCUGAUCAUCAGUCCACGAUCUGCAGCACAUGGGGAAAUUUCCACUUCAAGACAUUUGAUGGUCAUUUCUUUCAAGUGCCAGACACGUGCAACUACGUUCUGGCGGUGAUGUGUGACAGCACAAAUUCUGACUUUAACAUCCAAAUGCAAAGAGAGACUGUGAAUGACUCAAUCACUUUUAGCACAGUCACAAUAAAGCUGGAGGGGACAGUCAUCAAAAUCACUAAUGGAGACAUCACUAUGGGAGAAGAAAUGGUGUCUGUUCCAACCUAUAAUAACGGAAUUAAAAUCGAGGGAAGUUCAACAAGUGUCAAGAUCUCAAACAAACAUGGAGUGACAGUCUUCUGGGAGGAAGACAACUCUCUAACGAUUGAACUUCCUGAGAAGUAUCAAGAACAGACCUGUGGACUUUGUGGAAACUACAAUGGCAUCAAGACUGAUGAUAUCACUGUUCACGGUUCGGCCACAUGGAAGGUGUCCAUAUCGGCGGAAACCUGUGAGGAAGUUACACUUCAACCCACUGAUCAGUGCAACCAGACAAGUGUUUGCCAGCAGUAUCUCCGCAGUCCAGGGUUUAGCGACUGUUACAAUGUGAUGGACAUGGGUUCAUUUGAAGAAGCCUGUGUGAACGACCUGUGUCAAUGUUACGGCAAUCACGACUGUCUCUGCAACACACUCACGGAGAUUUCACGACAGUGCACACAUGCUGGAGGAAAUCCAGGAACAUGGAGGACAGAGCAGCUCUGCCCAAAGACAUGUCCUCUAAACAUGCAAUACCUGGAGUGUGGAAGUCCAUGCAAGAACACCUGCAAAGAUCCAAACGCAAGUCUAAUGUGUAACGAACACUGUGUGGACGGCUGUUUCUGCCCUGAAGGCACCGUGGAAGACGACAUUGGUCAGAGUGGAUGUGUUCCUGUGAACCAGUGCCCAUGUGAUCACGAUGGCACAGUAUAUCAAUCAGGAGAGUCUUACAAACAAGCUUGUAAAAAAUGUGUGUGUGACGCGGGACACUGGACCUGUACACACCGGGAAUGUCCCGGAAUCUGCUCUGUUGUGGGAGGGUCUCACGUCACCACUUAUGAUGGAAAGAGCUUCACCUUCAGCGGGAACUGUGACUACAUCCUCACUAAGCACUCUAAUGACAGUGAUAUUGCUGUCGUGGGAAAUCUGGCAGUGUGUGAUCCGGCCCGAACAGACACAUGUCUAAAUUCAGUGACCCUUGUCAUCUCAGGGACCACUAUUAGUUUCUCCUCCAUUGGAACUGUUGCAGUGAAUGGAAUCAGUCCAAAUGUGCUUCCUGCUACCAUAGGUCCUGUGAGCAUCUUCCAGCCCUCUUCCUCCUUCAUUAUUGCUGAUAUGAAGAGUCUUCGUCUAGAGAUCCAGUUGGCUCCAGUCAUGCAGUUGUAUAUUGUAGCCAGCACUGAAGAGAAAGGAAAAAUGAGUGGUCUCUGUGGAAACUAUAACGACGUCCAAACAGACGACUUUAAAACUGGAUCAGGCAUGGUAGAGGGCACACCAACCAACUUUGUCAACUUUUGGAAACACACUUGUCCAGAUCUUGAAAUCACAUUUGACAACCCCUGCAGCCUGAAUAUGGACACAGAGAAACUUGCGAAAGACUGGUGUUCCCGUCUCACAAACCCAAAUGGGACCUUUUCCACAUGUCACUCAGAAAUAGAUCCUGAGAUGUACUACCAAUGGUGCGUCUAUGACACGUGCAAGUGUGCAGAUAUUAAAAAGUGUAUGUGUGCGGCCGUGUCCACUUAUGCCCACGCAUGUGCUGCCAAAGGAGUCAUUCUCCAGGGCUGGAUGGAUUCAGAACCCUGUGACAUGAUUUCAAAGUGUCCAGAAAACAUGAAGUACUCCUACAGCGUGAAAAGCUGUGGAAGCACCUGCCGUUCUCUCAGUGUACAUGAUAACACCUGCCAAGGGUCCUUCACACCUGUAGACGGCUGUGUCUGUCCUGUGGGAACAUACCUCAACGAAGCCGGCAGCUGUGUACAUGCUGACCAGUGUCCUUGUUACUAUGAGAACCAAGCCAUAGAGCCAUCAGCAGUGUACUACAAAGAUGGUUCUAAAUGCACCUGUGACCUUGGCAUAUUGCAGUGCUCCAGUCAAGCAGACUGUGUGGCUCCGAUGACAUUCUUCAAAUGCUCAUAUCCUGGAGAAAAAGGGAUAGAGUGUCAGAGGACAUGUGAGAAACAAGACCCAAAUAACUGCGUGAGCACAGGGUGUGUAUCAGGGUGUAUGUGUCCAGACGGCCUUCUAGCUGAUGGCAAUGGUGGGUGUGUGGAGAGGGAAAAAUGUAAUUGUACCCACAAUGGAGUCUCCUAUUCUCCUGGGAGCCAAGUUCAGCAGGACUGUAACACCUGCACAUGCACAAACGGGAUGUGGAGUUGUACAGAAAAGGCAUGCUACAGCACCUGUACCAUCUACGGUGAAGGUCAUUUCAAGACUUUUGAUGGCAAGAAAUAUGCCUUCCACGGAGACUGUAAACACACCUUAGCCCAUGAUUAUUGCGGUACAAACGUCUAUCCCUCCUUCCGGCUGGUCACAGAGAACAUCCCCUGCUCCACCGCCAACACUAUUUGCUCCAAGACCAUCCAUCUGUUCUUUGGGAGAUACGAGAUGAUUUUAUCUGAGGAGGAUGGAGUGAAAGUUGUUGAAAGCAAUGGCACAGAUUACAGAUAUAAAAUCCAUUCUGUGGUCCUAUAUAUGGUCAUAGAAGUCGAAGAUCUUUUGAAUUUGAUCUGGGACACUAAAACGAGUGUGAUGAUCCAACUCCAUCCCAAAUUAAAGGGCAAGGUGUGUGGACUGUGUGGAAACUUUGAUGGCAAUGCGAAUAAUGACUUUAUGAAGCUCAAUGGAGAAGUGGUGACGGAUCCAGAGGAAUUUGGGAAUAGCUGGAAGGUGGAUGCCAGCUGCCCAGAUGUGACAAACGUGAAGCAUCCUUGUGACGCACAUCCAAACCGGCGUUCCUGGGCUGAAAAAAAAUGCGGAAUAAUUUUGGGCCCUGACUUUCAAGACUGCCAUGCACCUGUGGACUCUGGCCCAUACUAUGAAGCGUGUGUAAGGGACGCCUGUGCAUGUGACAGCGGAGGUGACUGUGAUUGUCUCUGUACCGCAGUGGCAGCUUAUGCUGCUGAAUGCCGUAAAAAAGGAGUUUGUGUGGCAUGGAGGAAGCCACACUUUUGCCCUGUAUUCUGUGAGUACUACAACAACCCUCCCAUUGAAUGUGAGUGGCACUACGGAACCUGUGGAUCGACCUGCAUGAAAACCUGCAAAAACCGCUCAGGAACUUGCUCUGAUCAAAUUCCUCCCCUUGAGGGUUGUUUUCUGAAGUGCCCUUCAGAGAGGCCAUAUCUCAGGGAGGAGACCAUGAAGUGUGUACCAGAGGACGAAUGUGAAGACUGCUUCUAUGAUGGGAAGGUGUUUCCACCUGGAUCGGUUGUUUACAAAACCACAGAUGGGAAUGGUGCAUGUUUCACUGCUCGGUGUCAUUCAAACGGGAAAAUAAUACGAAUUUUUGAAGAAUGCAUAGACACAACAACACCUUUCACUUUCACAACUAGCCCUGAAACUACUAAAACUACAACUACCACAUCAACACCUUCAACUACAGUCAUUUCAUCACCUACAUCAACAGAGACUUCCACAAUCACAACCACUACUAUCACAAGCACUGGAACAUCGACACAUACAUCAACAGAAACACCAUCUACAACUAGUACAACUACUGGUACAACAACACCUCCCAUCUGUAGUGAAAGUGUUAGUAGUUGCAAAUGGUCAGAUUGGGUUGAUGGCAACACACCCAGUACAGAGCCAGAAGGAUUCGAAAUUGAAUCCAUCGAUCCAUUGUGGAAAUCAGGAAAGAUUACCUGUCAGAACCCCAGAGAGAUUGAAUGUAGGGCAGUAAAUUAUCCCCUAAAGUCCCUGGAAAGUUUGGGACAAACUGUGUAUUGCAAUACAUCAUUUGGACUGUCAUGUUCAAAUGAAGAAAAUGCAGAUGGCUUGCCACCACUUUGUUAUAAUUAUGAAAUACGUGUAGAUUGUUGUAUAGAUAUAUGCGUUUCUUCAACACCAUCCCCAAGUACACCGACAUCCACUACCUCAACAACUACUGUAACAUCAACACCUACAACUAUGGUUACAACAACAACAUUUACAUCAACAGAGACAUCCACAAUCACAUCUACUACUACACCAACUACUGGAACAUCGAUACCUACUUCAACAGAAACACCAUCUACAUCAACAGAGACAUUCACAACCACAUCCACUACUGGAACAUCAACACCUACUUCAACAGAAACACCGCCUACAUCAACAGAAACACCAUCUACAACUAGUACAACUACUGGUACAACAACACCUCCCAUCUGUAGUGAAAGUGUUAGUAGUUGCAAAUGGUCAGAUUGGGUUGAUGGAAACACACCCAGUACAGAGCCAGAAGGAUUCGAAAUUGAAUCCAUCGAUGCAUUGUGGAAUUCAGGAAAGAUUACCUGUCAGAACCCCAGAGAGAUUGAAUGUAGGGCAGUAAAUUAUCCCCUAAAGUCCCUGGAAAGUUUGGGACAAACUGUUUAUUGCAAUACAUCAUUUGGACUGUCAUGUUCAAAUGAAGAAAAUGCAGAUGGCUUGCCACCACUUUGUUAUAAUUAUGAAAUACGUGUAGAUUGUUGUAUAGAGAUAUGCGUUUCUUCAACACCAUCCCCAAGUACACCGACAUCCACUACCUCAACAACUACUGUAACAUCAACACCUACAACUAUGGUUACAACAACAACAUCUACAUCAACAGAGACAUCCACAAUCACAUCUACUACUACACCAACUACUGGAACAUCGAUACCUACUUCAACAGAAACACCAUCUACAUCAACAGAGACAUUCACAACCACAUCCACUACUGGAACAUCAACACCUACUUCAACAGAAACACCAACUACAACUGUUACAAUAACACCUACAUCAACAGAAUCACCAUCCACAAUCACAUUUACUACUACACCAAUUACUGGAACAUCGACUCCUACGUCAACAGAACCACCACCUACAUCAACAGAAACACCAUCUACAACUAGUACAACUACGGGUACAACAACACCCAUCAUCUGGUCAACAUCUACAUCAACAGAGACAUCCACAACUACAUCCACUACUGGAACAUCAACACCUACUUCAACAGAAACACCACCUACAACUGUUACAAUAACACUUACAUCAACAGAAUCACCAUCCACAAUCACAUUUACUACUACACCAAUUACUGGAACAUCGACUCCUACGUCAACAGAACCACCACCUACAUCAACAGAAACACCACCUACAACUAGUACAACUACUGGUACAACAACAACCAUCAUCUGGUCAACAUCAACAGAGACAUCCACAACCACAUCCACUACUGGAACAUCAACACCUACUUCAACAGAAACACCGCCUACAUCAACAGAAACACCAUCUACAACUAGUACAACUACUGGUACAACAACACCUCCCAUCUGUAGUGAAAGUGUUAGUAGUUGCAAAUGGUCAGAUUGGGUUGAUGGCAACACACCCAGUACAGAGCCAGAAGGAUUGGAAAUUGAAUCCAUCGAUGCAUUGUGGAAAUCAGGAAAGAUUACCUGUCAGAACCCCAGAGAGAUUGAAUGUAGGGCAGUAAAUUAUCCCCUAAAGUCCCUGGAAAGUUUGGGACAAACUGUGUAUUGCAAUACAUCAUUUGGACUGUCAUGUUCAAAUGAAGAAAAUGCAGAUGGCUUGCCACCACUUUGUUAUAAUUAUGAAAUACGUGUAGAUUGUUGUAUAGAGAUAUGCGUUUCUUCAACACCAUCCCCAAGUACACCGACAUCCACUACCUCAACAACUACUGUAACAUCAACACCUACAACUAUGGUUACAACAACAACAUCUACAUCAACAGAGACAUCCACAAUCACAUCUACUACUACACCAACUACUGGAACAUUGAUACCUACAUCAACAGAAACACCAUCUACAACUAGUACAACUACUGGUACAACAACAACCAUCAUCUGGUCAACAUCUACAUCAACAGAGACAUCCACAACCACAUCCACUACUGGAACAUCAACACCUACUUCAACAGAAACACCGCCUACAUCAACAGAAACACCAUCUACAACUAGUACAACUACUGGUACAACAACACCUCCCAUCUGUAGUGAAAGUGUUAGUAGUUGCAAAUGGUCAGAUUGGGUUGAUGGCAACACACCCAGUACAGAGCCAGAAGGAUUCGAAACUGAAUCCAUCGAUGCAUUGUGGAAAUCAGGAAAGAUUACCUGUCAGAACCCCAGAGAGAUUGAAUGUAGGGCAGUAAAUUAUCCCCUAAAGUCCCUGGAAAGUUUGGGACAAACUGUGUAUUGCAAUACAUCAUUUGGACUGUCAUGUUCAAAUGAAGAAAAUGCAGAUGGCUUGCCACCACUUUGUUAUAAUUAUGAAAUACGUGUAGAUUGUUGUAUAGAGACAUGCGUUUCUUCAACACCAUCCCCAAGUACACCGACAUCCACUACCUCAACAACUACUGUAACAUCAACACCUACAACUAUGGUUACAACAACAACAUCUACAUCAACAGAGACAUCCACAAUCACAUCUACUACUACACCAACUACUGGAACAUUGAUACCUACUUCAACAGAAACACCAUCUACAUCAACAGAGACAUUCACAACCACAUCCACUACUGGAACAUCAACACCUACUUCAACAGAAACACCAACUACAACUGUUACAAUAACACCUACAUCAACAGAAUCACCAUCCACAAUCACAUUUACUACUACACCAAUUACUGGAACAUCGACUCCUACGUCAACAGAACCACCACCUACAUCAACAGAAACACCAUCUACAACUAGUACAACUACGGGUACAACAACACCCAUCAUCUGGUCAACAUCUACAUCAACAGAGACAUCCACAACUACAUCCACUACUGGAACAUCAACACCUACUUCAACAGAAACACCACCUACAACUGUUACAAUAACACCUACAUCAACAGAAUCACCAUCCACAAUCACAUUUACUACUACACCAAUUACUGGAACAUCGACUCCUACGUCAACAGAACCACCACCUACAUCAACAGAAACACCACCUACAACUAGUACAACUACUGGUACAACAACAACCAUCAUCUGGUCAACAUCUACAUCAACAGAGACAUCCACAACCACAUCCACUACUGAAACAUCAACACCUACUUCAACAGAAACACUGCCUACAUCAACAGAAACACCAUCUACAACUAGUACAACUACUGGUACAACAACACCUCCCAUCUGUAGUGAAAGUGUUAGUAGUUGCAAAUGGUCAGAUUGGGUUGAUGGCAACACACCCAGUACAGAGCCAGAAGGAUUCGAAACUGAAUCCAUCGAUGCAUUGUGGAAAUCAAGAAAGAUUACCUGUCAGAACCCCAGAGAGAUUGAAUGUAGGGCAGUAAAUUAUCCCCUAAAGUCCCUGGAAAGUUUGGGACAAACUGUGUAUUGCAAUACAUCAUUUGGACUGUCAUGUUCAAAUGAAGAAAAUACAGAUGGCUUGCCACCACUUUGUUAUAAUUAUGAAAUACGUGUAGAUUGUUGUAUAGAGAUAUGCGUUUCUUCAACACCAUCCCCAAGUACACCGACAUCCACUACCUCAACAACUACUGUAACAUCAACACCUACAACUAUGGUUACAACAACAACAUCUACAUCAACAGAGACAUCCACAAUCACAUCUACUACUACACCAACUACUGGAACAUCGAUACCUACAUCAACAGAAACACCAUCUACAACUAGUACAACUACUGGUACAACAACACCCAUCAUCUGGUCAACAUCUACAUCAACAGAGACAUCCACAACUACAUCCACUACUGGAACAUCAACACCUACUUCAACAGAAACACCACCUACAACUGUUACAAUAACACCUACAUCAACAGAAACACCAUCCACAAUCACAUCCACUACAACACCAUCUACUGGAACAUUGCCAACAGAAACACCACCUACAUCAACACCAUCUACAACUAGUACAACUACUGGUACAACAACACCCAUCAUCUGGUCAACAUCUACAUCAACAGAGACAUCCACAUCCACUACUGGAACAUCAACACCUACUUCAACAGAAACACCACCUACAACUGUUACAAUAACACCUACAUCAACAGAAUCACCAUCCACAAUCACAUUUACUACUACACCAAUUACUGGAACAUCGACUCCUACGUCAACAGAACCACCACCUACAUCAACAGAAACACCAUCUACAACUAGUACAACUACGGGUACAACAACACCCAUCAUCUGGUCAACAUCUACAUCAACAGAGACAUCCACAACUACAUCCACUACUGGAACAUCAACACCUACUUCAACAGAAACACCACCUACAACUGUUACAAUAACACCUACAUCAACAGAAACACCAUCCACAAUCACAUCCACUACUACACCAUCUACUGGAACAUUGCCAACAGAAACACCACCUACAUCAACACCAUCUACAACUAGUACAACUACUGGUACAACAACACCCAUCAUCUGGUCAACAUCUACAUCAACAGAGACAUCCACAUCCACUACUGGAACAUCAACACCUACUUCAACAGAAACACCAACUACAACUGUUACAGCACCUCCUACAUCAACAGAAAAACCAUCCACAAUCACAUUUACUACAACACCAAUAACUGUAACUAUGACACCUACGUCAACAAAAACAUCAUCUACAACUAGUACAACAACUGGCACAAGAACACCCACAUCAACAACGAAAUCUACAAGUACCUUCACUACCACAACGAAGUUCACUGUGCAUACAGAGCCAAAUCCUACCACCAAAAACAUCACAUCGCCCCAAACUGUGGACUGUUGCACAUAUUUAAAUAGAACAUAUUCAAACGGUUCCACUUCUGUUAAAAAUCUCUUUCUGUUUACCUUCCUCACAAAUCCUUUUAUUAUAAUUAUAGGAUCAACAAUCUAUAAUCAAACGGAUAAAGCGGGUUGGUGCUACUUUGCCUACUGCAACUCCUCUUGUCAUAUUGUGAAAACGUCUCAGCCAUGCCCAACUCAUCCACCUCCACCUCCACAAGACUGUACAAAUAUCAACAGAAAGCAUAUGGAAUCCUGGAUUGAAGACUGCAAAAACAAAACAUGCAAAAAUGGCAGUGUCUCAUCAUCGGUACCUUUGAAGUGUGACAAAUCUGAUAAUGUCAUACCUAAAUGUUCUAAUGGAAUUAAAGCUAAGAAGGUGCCUUAUAACAAUGGAUGCUGCUCCAAGUAUGAGUGUGAAUGUCGAUGCAGUGGCUGGGGUGACCCACAUUACAAAACUUUUGAUGGAACAUACUAUGAUUUCCAAGGAAACUGCACAUAUGUUUUGUUCCAAGAAAUUAUCCCAAGAUACAAUAUCAGUGUCCAUGUUAAAAACUAUUAUUGUGAUGUUAAAGAUAAUCUCGCCUGCCCAGAGUAUUUGAUUGUGAACUACAAAUCCUAUAAAAUCAAGCUGACAAGCAACACUACAGAGGUCCAGGUCUAUGUUAAUGAUGAAGAGAAACAACUAACUUACAAGAAUGACCAAUUCUUCAUCACCUCCUCUGGCAUGGCAGUAGUUGUGAACAUCACUGAAAUCAAAGUUGAAAUUUUGGUCAAUCAUCAAGGCUUUCAGAUCAAUCUCCCAUUCUCCUAUUUUAAUGGCAAUACAGAGGGACAGUGUGGGGUUUGCGACAACAACCGUUCAAAUGACUGUAGACGUCCUGAUGGAAAAAUCGAUCAAUCGUGUGAGAGCAUGGCACAGCUUUGGAUGGUCCCACCUGGAUGCAAAAUCCCUAAAUCUCCACCUACACCUCCACCUCAACCCCCCUGCUACCCGGAGACUUGUGAACUCAUCAAGGGCGAUAUGUUUGUGAAAUGCCACGGGGUCAUUCCUUAUGAAAGUUAUUAUGAGUCAUGCAAAUUUGAUGUGUGCCACGUGGGGAAAAAAUCUGCUUGUAUCAGUCUGGAAGCGUAUGCUCAGCAAUGUGGCAAGGAGGGUAUCUGUGUGGACUGGAGAACAUCAGAUGAACUCAAAAAACUGUGUGAAUACAAGUGUCCCAGUCACAAAGUCUACCAGGGUUGUGGGCCUAAAAUAGAAAAAACCUGCAGCACAAGGUACAAUGAUUUAUAUGUGGAGAAAGAAUGUCAAAGCAAGGAGUGUCUUCAAACAUUUAUGGAAGGUUGUUUCUGCCCUGAUAACACAUAUCAAGUUAGUUCAACGGUAGAUAACUGUACGGCUUACUGCGAUUGUAUUGGCCCUGAUGGAUUACCUAGAAUGCCUGGGGAGACAUGGACCAUGGGCUGUUCUGAAUACACAUGCUCCAGUGAGACCUUUGGUAUUACAACUGUGCCCGUCAGCUGUCCGAUUCAAAAGCCCUGUGGAUCAGAACAAAAAUUAAUCAUUGAAAACUGCUGCCUAACCUGUGUGUGUGAUCUCGAGGUGUGUCUUCAGAAGAAAUGUGAUGUGGGAUUUGAGUUAGCAGCAAAUAAAACUGAAGGCAGUUGCUGUCCACCCUGUGUGCCUAAAGACGUCUGUGUGUACAAUAACACUGAGUACCAGCCUGGAGCUAAAAUCACCCCUGAGCCUUGUGUUGAAUGUGACUGUCAAAUGGAUAAAGACCCAAGGACUCAACUACACAGCGUCAUGUGUGUUUCUAAAAUCUGUUCACCUUGCCCUGAGGGCUAUGAGCAGGUGGAACAAGAUGGAGAGUGCUGUGGAACAUGCAAUCAAAAUGCCUGUAUUUAUACUGCGCCAGACAACACCACUCAUACUCUCAAGGAUGGAGAGAGCAUCGACUACCAAUGUGAAAGUGUGACAUGUCAUCAAGUCAAUGGCACGUUCAUGAUAGAGAAGACCAUGCCAAGCUGCCCUGUCAUCGAUGAAGAUGACUGUGUGCCCGGAACAAUGGGACUCGAUGCAGAUGGAUGUUGCGACACAUGUGACCUCAAGAACUGUGUUGUGAAGAAGAACACCACAGACGUUACUGUAAAUGGCUGCAAGUCCGUCCAACCCAUAGAAGUGACGUCCUGCAGUGGCAACUGUGACACCGUUUCAAUGUAUUCAAUGGAAACGAACAUCAUGAAGCACAGCUGUUCUUGCUGUCGUGAGACGAAAACCCACAUUAAAAAAGUGAAGCUGAAGUGUUCCGAUGACAGCGAGAUCCUUCAUGACUACAUCUUCAUAGACAGCUGCAAAUGUACUCCAAUUAUGUGUGAAAACCAGAAUAGCAUUGGAUAAAAGAUCUUGUUCAGUUUCUGCUCUACUGCUACAAUUGUGAUUCCAUGAAAUUGCAAAAAAAAUUAUAAUUUGGUGAAAGAUUGCACCAUUCAGCUUUUUGUUCUAUAACUAUUAUCUCUCGGGACAUUUUCUGGGCAUUUUGAACAUUUUGUUUCUUUUUUAGCAAUGCAAAAUGUGAUUCUUUAUAUUUCCUUCUUAUGAAAUGAAUGAUGACUAUAUAAUAAAGCAAAAUAAAUGGCAACAAAACAGUA